CGGCCGUGCAUGUUUGGCUGGCUCGGCAACGUGCUGGUGGACGCCGCGCGGGAGGCUGUGCGGACUGCGGGCGCCGCUUCUCUCGUGUGGGCUGGGCAGAGCGAGCGCGCCUGCCCCGACUGCACGUGCUCGCAGCACCUGGCGUGCCCUGUCCUGCAUUGCCCGCCUUGCACGCUCGGGGGCGCGGCCUGCCCGUACUGUCCCGAGGUCAGCUGCUUUGUGGUGGCGGCAGGCCUCAGCGGGUUGUGGCUCAUCGCGGGCCUCGCGGGGCUGGCGGCGGGCUGCUGCGCGUGGGCCAUCUGGGGCACUGGGCUGAGGCGCGUGCAUGGCCGACUCGAGGUCCUGGGGACGACCUGGGUAAUCGCGACGCCUGAUGACGAUGUCUACCCAGAGGACAUCAUGGCUCUCGGUGGCAGGCCGUGUGUCCAAGGGUCCAUGCCGCCGGCGAUCCCUGCAGACACGCUGCUCUACCGCUUCCCGCCGCUUGGACAGUUGCACACCAACGCGGAGUGGAGGCACAUGUUCGACGACGGGAUCGCGACCGUGCAGAUGCGGCGGGCUGCCAUGGGGGUCGUCGAGUCGACCCUGGAGCGGAUGCCGAAGCUGGAGCUGUUCGUGAUCGUGUGGCUGUGCAUGGCUGGGUCGCUGGCACUGGGCCGCCUGGAGGCCAGGCCGCGGCUGGGGCCCCCGCCGGUGCAGAUGCACUCGUGCCUGCUGCAGCUGGGCCGCCGCUGGCCGCCACCGCCCCUGCGCUGGGUGGGGAGGGCCCCGCUGGCGGCGCUGGGCCGGAGUGCGAUCGGUGGAUGUUCGGGUGCUGCCUGUUUUCGCAACCAGAUGGGCCAGCGCUUCCGACCCUACAGUGAUGGUGUGGGCCUGCUGGAGGAGCCAACGUGGAAGGACUUCGCCAUCCAGGGGCCGAGGACGAACCUGCGGCUGUGCAAGUUCAUCCGAGACCAGGGCUGUGUUCCUCGCGCCAGGACAGAGAAGUGGACGCGCGACGCCCAAAUACCAGACAAUGACAGAGUCAAUCAUGAGCACGACAGCCUCAUGGAGAUCCUGGAGUGGGCCAUCACGCAUGACGAGUUGGACGUGUCGGCGCUGGCGAGCUUCGAGCUGCGGGCGCGUAGAGUUCAGCUGCUGGAGGAGGCCCACACUGCCAACCCGACGGCGCCGAGGUACGAAGGGAACGAGUACUUCAGGGCCGCGGCCGUGGUGCCGCAACUCACCUCGCACGUGGCACUCCAGCUUCAGGGCGAGGGGCAGAUCCAGAAGGAUUGA